CCCGGGCACCAAAUCGCUCGAGCGACGCAGGGGCAAGGGAUAGAGCCGCUAACCCAUGUGUACCCCGAUGCUUUAUAUUGUACACAUCAAGAAAUAGUGCUGACAGGAUUUGCUAUAUUUGUUCCAGAGGAGUUAUAUUAAUCAUCACUGACAUCGACUACCAUGGCUUCAGCGGGGAAAAAUGACGAAAACGACGAAAGUAUGGAUGUCGGAGAAGAGACCGGUGAAGAUGAGCGGUAUUCAACUCCGCAAAAUGUCUCUCCUUCACCGUAUUCCCCACCUGAACAGGAGGGGGCUGAGUCUAGAUUGGGUACUUCCUAUGAUGACGUAGCAGACAGUCCAGUACCGGAGAAGAAGAGUAAAAAGAGACGAUCCAAAGAUCCUGCGGAGAAGAAACAGAAGCGUAAGAAGAAGAAGAAGAAAUAUGAUGACGAUGAAGAGAUGGGAUUUGAUGAUGAUGUUAGCGAGGACUACAUAUCACCACCCAAGAAACAAAAGAAGCCAAAAUCCACACCUUCAACUACGCCAAAGGAAAAGAAGAGCCCUUCAGAUAUUAUUGCAGAUGAUCUGGGUAUCAAUAACAUUGACAUUGAAUAUGACGAUGAUGACUUCACUACCCUGAAUAACUACAAGCUGUUCAAGCAGCACGUUCAGCCUCUUAUACAGAAGGCAAACCCCAAGGUGCCCAUGGCAAAGAUGGUUACACUGAUAGGGGCCAAGUGGAGGGAGUUUGCUCAACUGGUAGCAGCUCGAAACAAAACACGGGAUACAGUGGGGAGUACAAGUGCAGCUCCAAAGGAGAAAGUAGCAGAACCCGUAAAGGAGAAAGAGGACAGAGAAGAGUCGGAUAGAGAGGAUAAUGCAGACGAUUCUCUGAGGGAUAAUGGCGACGAGGAUACAGAACCUCAGGAUGAGGCACCAAUAGAGGAGAAGCCAAGAAAGAAAUCUAAGUCAAAGAAAACAGUUGCUCCCCUCAAGAUAAAAAUCAACAAGAAAAAGAAAAAAGUGAAGAAGAGUGCUUCAGAUGAAGAUGCAGCCUUCAACACAAGUGACGAGGAGUUUGAGCGUCAGCUGGAAGAGGCUUCCUUGUUGCAGGAGGCGGUCAAGGAGGCAGAGCCAGUACCAAGGCGAAAACCGAAGACCAAGAAGGGGCGCGGCAGGGGUAGUAGGAAGAAGACCAAGACUACCAACAAAUUUCCCAAUGAUCCAGAUGCAGAAGGCUACGAGACUGACCACCAGGAUUACUGUGAGGUUUGCCAGCAGGGAGGGGAGAUAAUCCUGUGUGACACAUGUCCUCGAGCCUACCAUCUUGUCUGUCUGGAUCCAGAAUUAGAGCAAGCACCUGAAGGGAAAUGGAGCUGUCCUCAUUGUGAGGGUGAAGGGAUAAAGGAACAGGAGGAGGAUGAGCACAUGGAGUUUUGUCGUGUGUGUAAGGACGGGGGCGAGCUACUCUGCUGCGACCAGUGUCCAUCUGCCUACCACAUGCACUGUGUGAACCCACAUGUCAAGGACAUUCCUGACGGUGACUGGCUGUGUCCUAGAUGUUCUGCUCAGCCCUUGGCGGGUCAUGUGGAGAAAGUACUGACCUGGCGCUGGACUGAACCGCCCGAGCAGGAGGACAAACUAGACGAGCUAGAUCACACCCAUGCUCAUCCUCCAUCCAAAAAGGCAAACAUCAAGCCAACCCGGGAAUUCUUUGUCAAGUUCCGCAAUUUAAGUUACUGGCAUUGUGAUUGGAUCAGCGAGUUGAGGGUUGAUGUGUACCACCCUGCUAUGUAUCGACACUACAUUCGCAAGAAUGACAUGGACGAGCCCCCACCGCUGGAAGAUGGCAGCAGUUAUGGCAUGAAGGAUUAUCACAAGAUCAAGGGCAAAAGGGGUUCAGAUUAUAACAAGGAGAAGGAUGAUGGCGAAAAUCUGGAGGAGCGCUUCUACAAAUAUGGCGUCCGCCCGGAAUGGCUCGAGGUCCACCGAAUCAUUAACCACAAAACAUCCAAGGAUAAUACAUGGUACCUGGUCAAAUGGUCUGACCUUCCAUAUGAUCAAGCCACCUGGGAAAGUGAAGACAGCGGUGUUGCAAACCUCCGCAAAUACAUUGAUGAAUACGAGGUCCUCAGAGCUAUGAUGUUUGGGAAUGGAGACAAGAAAGGACCAGGGAAAAAGAAGAAGAAGAGGGACAAAGAAAUCGACAUAUCGGACAAAAUGCCCCCUAGUUUCCCUACUGCAGAUUUACGGAAGAAACUGGACAGGGAUCCCCCGUACAUCGUCUCCACGGGAGGUGCUCUCCAUCCCUACCAGCUGGAGGGCCUGAACUGGUUACGGUACUCAUGGGUGAACGGUACGGAUACCAUCCUCGCUGAUGAGAUGGGACUUGGAAAAACAAUUCAGACCAUCGCUUUUCUAUCUUCUCUUUACAAAGAGGGACAUUCCAAAGGGCCAUUCCUUGUGAGCGCCCCACUAUCUACCAUUAUCAACUGGGAGCGUGAGUUUGAGUUUUGGGCCCCAGACCUGUAUGUGGUGACCUACGUGGGAGAUAAGGACUGUCGUGCAGUCAUCAGGGAGCAUGAGUUUUCAUUUGAAGAAGGGGCCAUACGCGGGGGAGCAAAGGCGUGUAAGAUGAGGCAGGAUGUGCCCGUGAAAUUCCAUGUGUUACUGACUUCUUACGAAUUAAUCAGUAUUGACAAUGCCACGCUGGGUUCUGUAGACUGGGCAGUACUGGUUGUGGAUGAAGCUCACAGACUUAAAAACAACCAGUCAAAGUUUUUCCGUGUGCUGAGUAAUUACAAAAUUGCCUACAAGUUGCUGUUGACGGGAACACCACUCCAGAACAACCUUGAGGAGCUUUUCCAUCUGUUGAACUUUCUUAGUUCGGAAAACUUCAACCAGCUACAGAGUUUCCUGGAUGAAUUUGCUGACAUAGCGAAGGAGGAGCAGGUUAAACGUCUUCAUGACAUGCUUGGGCCGCAUUUGCUGCGACGACUGAAAGCGGAUGUCCUGAAGGGCAUGCCUACCAAGAGCGAGUUUAUCGUCCGAGUCGAGCUGAGCCCAAUGCAAAAGAAAUAUUACAAGUACAUUCUGACGAGGAAUUUUGAUGCUCUUAACUUGAGAGGGGGUAGCCAGGUGUCGCUGCUGAACAUCAUGAUGGAUCUGAAGAAAUGUUGCAACCAUCCCUAUCUUUUCCCUACAGCAGCAAAUGAAGCACCGAAAAUUGCUAAUGGAAUGUUCGAGGGAAAUGCACUGAUAAAGGCAUGUGGCAAGCUGGACCUGCUCGCAAAGAUGAUGAGAAAUUUGAACAAAAAUGGACAUAGGGUCUUAAUAUUCUCACAGAUGACAAAAAUGUUGGACAUUCUUGAAGAUUUCCUUGAACACGAGGGCUACAAGUACGAAAGGAUUGAUGGCGGCAUCACUGGUGCAUUGCGUCAGGACGCCAUCGAUAGAUUUAAUGCUCCAAAUGCACCUCAAUUCUGUUUCCUGCUGUCGACACGUGCUGGGGGUCUUGGAAUUAAUUUGGCCACCGCUGAUACUGUUGUCAUAUAUGAUUCUGACUGGAACCCACACAACGACAUUCAGGCAUUUAGUCGUGCCCACAGGAUUGGGCAGGCAAACCGUGUGUUGAUCUACCGGUUCGUGACUCGAGGGUCUGUAGAGGAGAGAAUUACCCAGGUGGCAAAGAAGAAGAUGAUGUUGACUCACUUGGUGGUGCGACCUGGACUUGGUAACAAAGGCGGCGCCAUGUCGCGCCAGGAAAUGGACGACAUCCUCAAGUUUGGCACAGAGAAGCUAUUUAAGGAUGAAGAAGAUGGUAAACAGCUUCUGGCGGGUAAAGCAGAGGACGAGCAAAGGAUCGUGUACGAUGACUCGGCCAUAGAACAGCUGCUGGAUCGGACCCAGGAGGGUCAAGAGGAGAAGGCUAUGGCCAUGAAUGAGUACCUCAGCUCCUUCAAGGUCGCUACUUACUCCAUGAAGGAAGGUGAAGAGGAGGAGGAGCCAGAGACGGAGGUUCUAAAACAGGAGGCGGAGCAUGCAGACCCAGCUUACUGGGAGAAGUUGCUGCGCCACCACUACGAACAGCAGCAGGAGGAUCUGGCCAGGACUCUCGGCAAGGGAAAGCGUGUGCGUAAACAGGUCAACUACAACGAUGCCAUGACGGGCCAGGAUGAUGCCUGGAAAGAUAACCUGUCCGACUUUGACUCAGACUUCAGUGGGCCAGGCGGUGGUGAGAAUGAAGAUGAAGAUGAUGAUGAUUUUGAAGAUAAGGAGAGUGCAUCCAAGAGUCGUCGGAGGGAGAGGAAUGACCGGGAUCGCCCACUACCACCAUUGUUGGCCAGGGUUAACGGUCAAAUUGAGGUGCUUGGAUUCAAUGCCAGACAGAGGAAGGCCUUCCUGAAUGCUGUAAUGAGAUACGGCAUGCCACCACAGGAUGCAUUUAAUUCACAGUGGUUGGUGAGGGAUCUGAGGAACAAGUCCGAGAAGGUAUUUAAGGCCUAUGUCUCAUUGUUUAUGCGCCAUCUGUGUGAACCAGGAGCAGAUAAUGCAGAGACAUUUGCGGAUGGUGUUCCACGGGAGGGGUUGUCACGACAACAUGUUCUCACUCGAAUCGGCAUCAUGUCUUUAGUCAGAAAGAAGGUACAAGAAUUUGAGCAAAUAAAUGGGGUCCACAGUAUGCCAUACUUGAAGGCAACAGAUGCACUGGAAAAGGUAAAGUCUGCAGAAGCUAUGGAGAAGAUUAAGGCCACAGAAGAAAAGCUCAAGGCCGCUGAUGCCGUAGAGAAGGUAAAGACAGAGGAUGAAAAGGCAGUGUCACCAACCCCGGGGGCCAAAGACAAAGAAGAGGAACCAAAGGAAACAAACUUGGAUGUGAAAAGUGAAGACACCAGCGCUGCUAAGGAGGAAUCAACAGAUAAAGAAGCAAGUGAGGGAGAGAAGAAAGAAAACGAAAAGAGUGAGGAGGAAGAAGCAGUAAACAAAGAGGAGGAAAAGAAAGGAGAAGACGAAAAGGAGAAAGAUGAAUGUGAGGAAAAGAAAGAUGCGGAAUCAUCAGAGGCUUCCAAGCCAGAGACAGAAGAGGAAAAGAAAGAAGAAGCUAUGGAGACGGAUGAAAAAGAUGUAAAGAAAGAAGAAGCAAUGGAAACAGAAGAAAAGAAAGAUGAAGAGAAGAAGGUUGAGGAGGACGAUAAGGCAGAGGAGAAGAAAAGUGAAGAAGAAAAGGAGGAGAAGAAAGAAGAGUCUUCAGAGACAAAAUCCACAGAACUCAAGGAAGAGGCAAAGGAUGGAGAUGAGGUCAAGAAGGAGGAAGAAGUGACCAAAGAAUCCAAGGAAGAUGUUAAACCAGUGAAGAAGGAAGAAAAACCAGAGGAGAAACCAGAGACCAAGAAAGAGAAGCCAACUGAAGCAGAAAUCAAGAAAGAGGAAACGAACCAGAAGUUCAUGUUCAACAUCGCAGAUGGAGGAUUUACUGAGCUGCAUACCUUAUGGACCAAUGAGCAGAGAGCCUUGACUUUCGGGCGUGAGCAUGAGGUCUGGCACCGUCGCCACGACUACUGGCUUCUGGCUGGCAUUGUCACUCAUGGAUAUGGGCGUUGGCAGGAUAUCCAGAAUGACCCACGAUUCCAGAUUGUUAAUGAGCCAUUCCUAAGUGAGCAAGGCAAAGGCAAUUUUUUGGAAAUCAAGAACAAGUUCCUGGCUCGCAGGUUCAAGCUGCUGGAGCAGGGACUGGUGAUUGAGGAGCAGUUGCGACGUGCAGCGUACCUCAACCUGACUCAGGAUCCUAGCCACCCAGCAAUGGCGCUCAACACACGCUUCGCUGAGCUCGAAUGUCUGGCUGAGAGCCACCAACAUUUAUCUAAAGAAUCUCUGGCUGGCAAUAAGCCUGCCAAUGCAGUUCUCCAUAAAGUGCUAAACCAGCUUGAAGAGUUACUAAGCGACAUGAAGCAGGAUGUGAGCCGUCUACCAGCAACUCUGGCAAGGAUACCGCCAGUUAGCCAGCGAUUGGCUAUGUCUGAGCGCAGCAUUCUUAGUCGAUUGGUCAAUCCUGGUUCCCAGGCGACAUCAGCCUCUGGUAGCGGAGGAGGAUCUGCCCCAGUAGUGGCUGCCAGCCCUAUUGCUACGCCAACAGGAACAUCUUCACCGGCCGCUAUGCCGAAUGUGUCCCAGGCUUCAUUCCUGGGUGUUCCAGCAUCUCUAGCUGGCGCCUACGCCAACUUUCCACAGGGAUUCCGGCCACAGUUCGGUCUAGCUCAGUCUCCAUUUGCUCCAGGGCCACUAGGAUUUCCACUGCUCCCCAACCUUCCGGGGCAGCAUGAUUUAAGCACAACAAUGUCGGCCAUCUUGAGUCAGAGCGGACAGAUACCAGUGACCCUAACACAGAGCCUCAAACAGCUACAGUCGGGCCCACUACCUAGUCCCUCGCAUCGCUCACCUGCUUCUACGCCUGCAAGCCAAAGUAAAGUCACAGAUUUAUCCCAGAAGUCCGAUGGUAAAGGAGGAACCGAAGCAGGAGCAAAGGUCAACGGAAAAGCAGUUAUAUGUAUUGACGAGUGACCAGUCUUCAUCGCUCCAGUUUUCAUUGUAAUAUAACGGACAAUUUGUGUUCUUCUGUAAACCAGUGGGAAUGUGAAGCAUUAGUAUGUGUGCAGUUGUGUGCUGUUGUAAGCACUGGUGAAGUAAAUGUAUCUACAAGCCAUAUGUAUAUGUCUCAUAGUCACUUAACUCCAUUCAACCCUGAACACACAUUUGAACUCUUCCAAUUCAAAGGUUGGAAUAGUUCAUUAUGGAAUUUCAGGGGUGAAUGAGUUAAUCAUCCAUCAUCAGCUUUUAAAGCAACUGAACUUUACUUUCUGUAGCAUACAUCUAUUUCAUGCGAGAUUUUAAAAUGGCAACCAUCUAAUCCUCAUUUUGUAUUAUUACAAAACAUAAUAUAAAACCAAUUGUAAAUUGUAACUGACUGGAUUUUGUACAGGAGGGAGCACCCAUCAGACCAUGUUGAUGAUGUUAGCUGGUGCAGUUAGAGUAAGAAUGUGUUAGUGUGUGUUGUGACUAGUAAGAAUGUGUUAGUGUGUGUUGUGACUAGUAAGAAUGUGUUAGUGUGUGUUGUGACUAGUAAGAAUGUGUUAGUGUGUGUUGUGACUAGUAAGAAUGUGUUAGUGUGUGUUGUGACUAGUAAGAAUGUGUUAGUGUGUGUUGUGACUAGUAAGAAUGUGUUAGUGUGUGUUGUGACUAGUAAGAAUGUGUUAGUGUGUGUUGUGACUAGUAAGAAUGUGUUAGUGUGUGUUGUGACUAGUAAGAAUGUGUUAGUGUGUGUUGUGACUAGUAAGAAUGUGUUAGUGUGUGUUGUGACUAAGUUAAUGUAAUAUUACAUAGUAUCACUUCCCGUGACAGGGGAGGUAAUCAGAUUAUCAAACCAACUUGCAAAGUAUCAUGAAAUAGUCCCUGUGAAUUUACUUUGACGGUUUUGUUCAUGAUUUUGGUAAAAUAUUCUUAUAGCAAAUACAUAAACUAUAUACUAGUACUUAUACGACUCGUUUACAAAUUACCAUCAAGGUGUAGUUGUUCCAAGUCUGAUAGGCUACAAUGAAACACCAAAUUUUAAUCUAGUGUGUUUUCAAAAACAUUGAAAUGUCAAAACUAUAAUUAUUUAUAUUUUAAGUUUCAAAAUUAUCAUGUCAAGACAAGGGAGGAACACAUGAGGAUUUGUUGUAAAUUUUCAAUUUUUCAGAAAAAAAAUAAAAAAUAUCAAAUGGUUUAUAAAUGUUGAGCCACGAAAGAAAAUACAAGUGAAUGUUUUGUGUUACAUAGUAACUUGAUAAAUUAAUUAAAUAUUGCAAAACUAUUGACAGAAUUUUAUAAAGAAUUACUUAAUUUUAUACUAUUUUAACACGUUUACCCUUGACUGGUGAACUGAUGUAAAUGUCUUGGUGCCAUAUGCACCAAAAAAAAUAAUGUUUUUAUUUGAAAUGGAAAUACUGACAACAUUUAUGAUGUCAGCCAGAGUUGGUGGUGUUUUAGUUUCAAUUUGAUAACAAAAAAAGCAUUGGAGCUGUUUUAAUUUUUAGCAAUCCAAUGGGUUGAGCGGGUUGGACCAGAGUUUUUCGUUUAUGAAGUAAGGUUUGACCUAGUAAUCUGAUGCUGCUUUCAGAUGAGCCUUGACAAAGUCUUGCAAGGCCUGUAUAAACAUUUGCAGGUCCGCCAGGAUGUAUACCUGCAAAUGUUACAUUUAUAAACAGACAAAUUGGUUUAUUCGUUUAACCGGAUACGUGGAAGGGGCCUAUGUUCACAGUCAGUUUAAAUCUUGUUUGAAGACUGAUGACUUAUUUGCUCCUAAAUAGUUAAAGAAGACACUGAUUCAGUGAUCAGAUCUAGUAUAUGAUUGUCUGUUGUUGAGGGACAUGCAUGUUGUGUAUAGAUAUGCUGUAUAUAUGUAGUGUUAAAUGGUAUCCUACUAUUGUUUUAUUGUCACACCUAGAAUAUAAGUGAUGUAUUGAUUUUCGUUUGAAUACUUAAGGGUCUGUUGAACAGUCCCGAGAUGAUGUCGUGUUUGUUGGAGCUGAUGAAGUUGGUGGUAAUUUGACCUAUAUCAUUGUUUCAUGUAAUUGUUAGCAACACGUCACCAGUGUUGUCAAGUCAUUCAGAUAUUUAUUCAUAAAUGUUGUUAAUAUGUAUUGAAAUAAAUAUCACUGCUUUACAAUGAAAGACGAUGACUUGCUGGCAGCAUUGUCAUCAAUGGUAUAAAUGAAAUAAAAAUAGAAUAAUGUUUAUAAACUUGAUUGUGACACUAGUUUGCUAUUGUUUCACACUUAUUGUGCAUAAUUAAUUUUCACAGAAAAAAAACGAUGGAACACUCCAUUAACUUACCUUAAUUUAUUGUGAAGGAUCUGUUGGCUGAGGCUCAGUUUAUUGUGAAGGAUCUGUUGGCUGAGGCUCAGUUCACUGUAAAUGGUUGCUGGUGCUGAACUGAUUUCAGAGGUUUUUAUUAAUAAAACAUAUGCAAAGGCUGGGAGCAGGACUUUCAAAAAUGAAUGAUUUUGUGACAUUUCUGCAUCUCAUCAGCAUCUCAUCAGCAUCAUAUUUGAUUGAAUUGGUAGAAGUAAUUUUAGACAGGUCUGACUUGAACGAUCAUGCCUAAUAAUAUUAGGCUUGCUUGAAAAUGUUAUUCUAGGGAUAAAUUCAGUAUGUCCUUUAUGUCCUUUUUCUAAUUUAUUGACUAUAUAGAUGAUGUUUGGAGGUAUAAAUUAACAUCAUCUGGGAUUAAGGACACAGACACGAUGUCUGGAAGUCAGGGCAACAUCGUUCCAUUUUCAAGGUCAUGCAUAUGUCAGUACUGUUUAUGAUUGUACAUUAUUUUUGUUGUUGCAGCCAUAUAAAUAGGCUUGGCAGCCAUGGAUAACUAAUGAUAUGUUACCAUGUGUACAUUGUCCUUAGUAACCAGUCUUUGGCCACGUUACCAUGGUUACAAUACUAAUAAAGAGAGAAAUGUUAA